UCUAUAUUUAUUUAUUUUACAUGACAUUUUAUGUUAAACUAUAAAAUGAUUAUGCCAAAUGGAUGAUUCUCCUUGAUAGUCUCGGUCAAUAAUAAGACUUACAUUCUCUAAUUAUGUCAACAAAUAAUAUUAAUUUUUUUCUUUUCUUCCCUUUUCUUUCUCUUCGGCCAUUCGUCUUUUCCGUACAACCCAAAAGUGACGUCAUCAUGUCCGGCUAAAAUUAACAUUCCGGCCAAUACUUCCUCAACGCCAAUGGCAACUGCAGGCUCCAUCCAACCCAUGCCGCCGCCGCCGUCACCUCCUCUGCAGCCACCGUUACCGCCGGUACAAACAUACACAUACCCGCCGAUCAUCAUCGUCCUCACAAUAGUCCUCCUCAUCUUCUUCUUCGUCGGCUUCUUCUCCGUAUACUUCUGCCGCUGCUUCAUGCAGAACAUACUCUGCACGUGGCACAUCCGCCACAGCCCCGCCGGGACACCCGUCGCCCCCGCCAACCCCGCCGCGGCCGGCGGCCUCGGCCUCGACCCCCUGAUCGUACAGUCGUUCCCGACUUUCCUAUACUCGACCGUGAAAGAGUACCGAAAGGACAAAUACGGGCUCGAGUGCGCGAUUUGCUUGAUCGAAUUCGAAGGAAGCGACAGCCUUCGGUUUCUAACCACAUGCUGCCACGUGUUCCACCAAGAAUGCAUUGACCUAUGGCUCGAGUCGCACAAGACGUGCCCCGUCUGCCGAAGAAGCCUCGACGGACCGGUGCACACGCCGGCGAAAUCCCCGAUUUUCUCCGGCAACGAAACCGAGAGGGUCGGAGAUAGUGUUAGGAUUACGAUCGACAACGACGAAGAAAGAGGCGGCGGUGGUGGUGGUGACAAAGGGCAAGAUAGGGUUUCCUGUAGCAAUAAUAACGACGAAAACGACACGGCGGACAAAUUGUGUAGGUCACACUCGACGGGACAUUCGAUAGUGAGAAGUAGGGAAGACGACGACGAUAGGUUUACUUUAAGAUUGCCGGAACAUGUUAAGACGCGCAUUAUCGUGGGCCAUAGUUCGAGCAAGAGUUGGACGGCUAUCGGAGAAUAUAAAGAUAAAGAUAAAGAUAAAAACGUUGGCCUUGCUGAGGUUUCUGAUUCAGGCAACAAAGACUCAUAGGUUAAUUCAAGAAACAGUUAUAAAUUGUUUUUAGAAUGAACUGCCCUUA